GGUAGUGGGCAAUGCACUACUGCUAUAUUGCCAUUUUCCUUGAAAAAAUUAUUUGCGCAGCUACAGCGGUAAAAGAACAUUGCCUUGCCAUUCUAAAUAUGGAAAACAAGUGAUUGAGAUAACUCUUAACUCUCUUGUUAAGCAGUUUUUUCAUAUUUUCUGACUGUCGCAAAAAGACAGCACUAUGUCUUUAAGGACCCUAUCGUUCGGAAUACACACCGGUACACGCAUAUUCAUCUAGUAGCUAGCUGGCUAAAAUGGUCGUCGGAGGAAAGCAGUAGGUGUUUAUGUGACUUUGAAGUUGUAUGGAAAUAAACGAUAUCAUUGACAUCCUCUGAAAUAUAUCUGCGAGGAUCUGAAGAUCCAGACGACAUUGCAACGGAUGACAGCAGAGCUAUGAAGCUUUUUUCGGAAUGUAAGGGGUGAGUGGAUUGUCACAUACCCCCAGGAUGGAUAGCUUUUUCAAGGCUGCUGUGUGUGAUCUUGAUAAGCUGCUGGAUGACUUUGAAUUAAACACAGAAGAACUAGACUGCAAGCCAACUCCACCAUCUGAACGCCCACCGCCACCUCCUUAUCCAGGUGCCUCUCAGUGUUUCGUGCCUGCACCCUCCACAGUUUCCAACUCUCUGCCAGAUGUCAACGCCCUCCACUACUGCCCAGCAACCACCUCCUCCAGCGCAAACAAAAACCAAAGAGACCAUGAGGCGAAAGAACAACCCCUGACUGGGGUAGAUCUGCUUUCCUCGGUCGACAACCGGGCGAACAAGAGCCUAGCGCCUCCAUGCCCAGACAGGGCCUUGAAACCUGUGUGCGAUCUGGUCAACGACACCAGCUCUGCUACAGCGAACAGCCACGAUGCCUUCAGAGAGCCGGAGGAGGCCGAGAAGCAGCUGGAGGAGGAGCUGUUGGUGGACUUCAGCAGUCCAGUUGUGGCCUUACCCAUCAGAGGAGCUCAUGGGUCGGGAAUGAACUCGCUCUCUGAAAGGCCUCAGCAGGGAUCGGACUCUGCGAACUCACUCAGUCUGCUGGAUGUGAUCCUCCCUGCAGCUGUGGAGAGGUUAAGUGACCCCAACGAGAGCCUCCUGACCAACAGGAACCCUGAGCCAUUACGUUUUGAUGGCGUGGAAGUGCUACACAGCCAUACAUUACUUGAUGGCACACACUGCUUGAAGGAACAAAUCGAGCCACCUGUUGAAGGAGACAUGGUAACCCAACCUGUAAAUCACAGUAAGGAGGAAGGGGAAGAGGUAAGCUCUGUUGGCGAUGGAGUUAAUGCUGCUAUGGAGGACAACGCUGCUUCAGCAGACACACAGCAGUCAGGCGAUAGUUGUCCAAAGGAGUUGGAGAGCUCCCCUGCUGAGGUGGAGACGUCCAUGUCCUGUCUGCCCUUGGCCGUGUCCAUGUGUGGCUCCCUGGUGACCUCUAGAGAGGCCUCAGAGGUUGAGGCCCACCAAGUUGAGGACAAAGCUGAGGCCUCUUCCUCUGAAGCUGAACCUGAGCAGCUGCCUGUUCAGCCACCUGUUCAGGAAAUUCAGGCAAGUGCUCCCGCCCAGCCAGAGGAGUGUGUAAGUGUGGAGGACCCCGUUAGCUUAGAGACGGCUGCCGAAAAAGUGGCUGAAAUGAUGUCUCCUACCUCGGUUUCCGAUGUGGUCUCACCUGUUCACGUUAGUUCACCUGCUACAGGUGAGGUACCUGGCGGAAGACUGUCUCCAUAUGAGGAGAUGGGCUGUGGGAGUCUGCCUGAGAGCAGCCAGUCACCACGCUCCGACGAUGGCUACGGCUACCAGUCUGAGUUUGGCUUUGCCAACAAUUACCUCCCCGAGAGUGAACAAGUCGCCAUGGUGACCGACGAGGAACUGGACGCCUUUCUGAAUGCCCAGGUGAACCCAUCCCAUUCGGAGAUCUCCUCAGAUAAAUCAGUCGACGAUGGAUUCUCUGAGUUAAAUGGCGACAUGGAUGUGGACACUUUGCUGGAAGGGGAGCUUCGGAGUUGCCCUGCCGAUAGCUUUGCCUCUCCAGAGAGCGAGCAGUCUCUAGCCUGUGUGGAGGAGAGUGAAGGUUCAAAUGCAUCCACCCCGUCUCAAGACGGCGCACCUGGUACUCCAGGUAUGUCACCUGCUGCGUGUGUCCCCAACACCAUGUGCAACUCCACCCCGCAGUCAUACUUCGGGGGUGCCCGGCCGAAAACCCUCCCUGGCCAGGGCCCAAGGUCACCACCGACGAGGCAGAGCCAAGGAGAAGUCCAGGAAGCCUCCACUCCGGACGAACCCAAAGAAAACAGCAUCCACACCCCACCUGGCGCAGAGACCCCUAGUCCGCAGCACGAGGUCCCCGGUUCUCCCUUUCCCAGCGAGGAGCGUUUCGAGUCCAGUCUAGACUAUGACGAACUGUCAGAACCUCCCCCGUACCCUGGGAGGACGUCUGGAGAGGGGGCAGCGUCUCCUGACCAGGCAGGGCAGUCGGCGGAAGACGGGCUUGGGUCAAGACAGCCCUCCUGGGUUCCUGAUUCGGAAGCACCCACAUGCAUGAACUGCGGCCAGAAGUUCACCUUCACUAAGCGGCGGCAUCACUGUCGAGCUUGUGGAAAAGUGUACUGCGCCGUCUGCUGCAGCAGGAAAUGCCGUCUCAAGUAUUUGGACAAGGAGGCGAGAGUGUGUGUGGUCUGCUAUGACUCCAUACAGAGAGCUCGGGCCCUGGAGAGGAUGCUGAGCCCGACUGGGCCGAGCCCGAAUCCCAACGUGCCGUCUGAGUACUGCUCCACCAUCCCCCCGCUCCAGCAAGCCCGCGCCGCCGGCACCCUCAACUCCCCGCCUCCCACCGUCAUGGUGCCCGUCUCCGUGCUCAAGCACCCUGGCAACGAUGGUUUCCCAAGGGAGCAGAAGCACGUGUGGUUUGCUGAUGGCAUCCUGCCUAACGGUGAGGUGGCGGACACGACCCGUCUCUCUGUCCGACCUCGAAGGGCCUCGCAGGAGUCCAGCCCGGUCACCCCAGACCCCCCUACCCUGCCCAACAGCAAGGCUCUGGCCCCGCAGACGGAGUUGGAGCCCGAGGUGGACCAGAAGGUGGAGGUGGAGGACGAGGCUCCUGUCGUGGAGCGCCUGGCCCCCUCCGGCCCCUGGGACUACACGCUGCUGAGCGGCCUCACUUCCUGUGUGUCACGCGAGCCAUGCCUGGUGCCCGACGACCCCGAGGGGCUGCCGCCACUGCUCAUCGCCACUGGAGAUGAUGAGGGAGGAGAUCUUCUGGUUGAGGAGCGGCCAGCCACCUGCCAAAUCCUGCUCCUUCUGGAGGAGGGAGGACCCCGACCUCUGACCUUUGUACUCAACGCCAACCUGGUGGUCAACAUCAAGCUGGUCACUUAUGGAGAGCGGCGCUGCUGGUGCGUGAGCUCCAAUGGCCUGCGCAGUGUGGGUCAGCGAGAGCUGCUGUUCGUGCUGGAGUGUCUGCCGGAGGAGAGCGCUCUGCCCCGAGACCUGUUCAACCUCAUCAGCUCCGUCUAUCAGGAUGCCCAGAGAGGGAAGUUUAUCGAGGACCUGGGCAAUGUGACGUUCACUGACAGCUUCCUGGGCACCAAAGACCACGGGGGCGUGCUGUUCUUCUCCCCCUCCUUCCAGCCCAUGGAGGGCCUGGCCGCGCCGCCCGAGCCCUUCCUGUGCGGGGUGCUGCUCCAGAAGCUGGAGGUGCCCUGGGCCAAAGUGUUCCCCCUGCGUCUGCUGCUGCGACUGGGCCUGGAGCACAACUUAUACCCGUGUACACUGGUUAGCGUGCGCUUCAGACAGCCUGUGUUUCAGGAGACGGGACACACUAUCAUGAACCUACUGGCAGAUCUCAGGAACUACCAGUACAGCCUGCCGCUGGUGGAGGGUCUGCGGGUGCACAUGGAGCUGGGCAAUAGCUACAUCCACAUCCCCAAGUGCAAGUUCCACGAGAUGCUGAAGGUGGUGAACUCCUCCAACGAGCACGUGAUCAGCGUGGGCGCCUGUUUCAGCACGGAGGCCGACUCGCACCUGGUGUGUGUGCAGAACGAAGAGGGCAGCUACCAGACGAAAGCCAACAGCAUGCUGGGAAAGACCCGCAGAGUAACGGGGGCCAGCUUUGUGGUGUUUAAUGGAGCGCUCAAAGCAUCCUCAGGAUUCAUUGCCAAGUCCAGUAUUGUUGAAGAUGGGCUGAUGGUGCAGAUUCCUCCAGACAGCAUGGGGGCGCUGCGCCAGGCGCUGCGGGACCAGGCCGACUUCCAGAUCCCCUGCGGCAGAGCUGACAGCACUGAAGCCCGUGAGAACGUCACCAUCCGCUGGGUGGACUGGAGUCCACCUGUCAAUGCAGGAGUCACAAGUCCCAUCGACGGCCGCUCUCUGGAGGGAGUGUCCAGUGUCCGCGUCCAGCAGGAGUCUGUGUUUGACAGCGAUGGACGGACCAUCGUGUGCACAGAGGUCUUCUAUCUGCUGAAGAACGCAGACUGCCCCCUAGGGGCGGUGUUGUCAUCCUGCAACCAGUUCCAGCGUGAGAUGGCCACGGCAGGUUGCGCUGCCCUCUGUCCCCACCUGGGCGUGCUCAUGGCUAGCGGCAUCAACUGCCUCGGCCUGCGCAUCUCCACUGACACUGACAUGGUGGAGUACCAGGCGGGCUCUGGCGGUCGGCCGCUGCCCCAACGCUACAUGAACGAGCUGGACGGCGCUCUGAUCCCCGCCAUCCACGGCGGCAGCUCCCGCGUCCCGCAGCACGCCCUCGACAUGGAGCUCAUCUUCUACGUCUCGCACAGCCUGUGAGCCCGCAGCACGUCUCGCGUCCACCCGUGACUGGACCUCCGCAUAUUAGCGCUCUCAUCUCGGAGCCAGGGGAUCUAAUUACCCGCAUCUCACCUGUAGUCUCCACACAGACCGCUGAUGGGCGUUGGCCAGCACCUGGACAUGGGGAGUCUCUUUAUGCAUAGUCUCUGAACAUAUACCACGACAGCCGUGGAUGGGGGUUCCUCGACCGCGCUAAAAAGGGGGGUCUGUGUCAUAUUGGUUUCUAAACAGGGGAAAGAGAUGAUUGGACAGUCAUUAAGCAUCUAAAGAUUGCAGCCAGUGUUCUAUGUUUUCUUUAGUUCCUGCAGAUCCCACACAGAAACAACAGGUGAUGGUCAACCUUUAUCUUUAAAGUCUAUAGGCAACUUCGGCAUCCCAAAUGAUAUCUUAACCUGAGACCGACUGACACUUCGCACCACAGCAUCCAAAGACCGAGCUGGUCUUCCACAUCCCAAAGUGUUUUCAUGAUCUGCUGGAUCUGAACAUUCCACUGAGUCAAAUCUCUAACCAAUAUACUACACGUGGGUGUGUGGGAUCUUUGUGAUGUUGUCUCUUGUUUUCACCACAACUGAACUAGGAGCUGGGCACCUUAAGUGUCCAGCACGGCAUCUGAAGGUGGAGCUGGUCUUCGACUGCUUGGUAUUCAUCCUCUGUGUCAUGAAAACCGCCCAAAUGCGCCACUAAAUAUCAGAACAACCACCUGCUCUGUCAGCGUUUGAGGUCAAAGGAGCUGGAGUAGACUGAGACCCAUGCUCCAACAAGAUAACCAAUGGCAGGACGUCGAAAUGUGACGGACAGUCCUUUCAGCGAAUCAGGAGGCAACCCUUAGUGUGACUCUCGCUCUUGAUGAAUCGCUUUAACCAAUGACAGGACUGUUGAGCACAUGACCCGUCAGCUCUUAGACCUUCACAGCCAGGUGCCCCCUUCUCAUCACCGACACACGUGCACCCGAGGAGACCUCCUGUAUAUACACAUCAUCCCUGCUUCAUAAAGGAUAAAGUUGUAAACAAAUACCAAAAAAAAAAACAGGGACGUGGUUUGUGUGUUCUGGCUGUGGAUGUAACACAUCUGCUCAUGUGAUGCAGUUGUUUGAAUGUUAGUGCGCAGAUUAUCUGCACAAUUUUUAACUAAUUAUUAAUUGAAUAAUAAUUAUUUGAUGGGGGAACGAGGAUCGAUUUAUAUUCAAGUAAGUUACUUGAGUGAAUGCUGGACUCCAAGUUGGUGGGAUAAAAACCCCUCUAGUUGGGGCAUGGAGGCAUGAGUGAGUUCCUGAGCGGUAAUUGAUUAUGGUGCACAUUAAUAUCUCUAUAAUUGAUGAUAUGAAGUUACUGUCCGCUUGUACCGCCUGGUGAUUACCCGAGGCAUAGCACAGUCCUCUCGCGGUCAUCUCCCGGAGCCUUUUCGUCAUGGUUACGUGUGUAGGAAGAAGAAAUCACCUUUAAGUUAUUUGAAGCUUUUAUGAAGCUUUAAUACAAUUUUUUUCUUGAGUUGUCCUUCAAUGUCGAAUCUAACAGACUUUUGAAAGGCCAUGAUCACUACCACACUGAAGUAUGCCAUGAGAAAUCCCCCAAAUCCCCGCACUGGCUCUGGACGCAGAAUGCAGCGCUUCAGUGGGCAUGGUUACCAGACAGGUCUGCGUUUGUUGCUGACAACACUAAUGCCCAUUCUGCUGCUGCAAGCUGCUGCUUUGUGAGCCCUACCGUGUGUGUGUGUGUGUGUGUGUGUGUGUGUCUGCGUCUGCCUGCCUGCUGCGAACACCUCAAGAGCGCUGUUGUCCACAGAUGUCUCAAACAUGACUGAAAUGUAUCUAGAAGGUGUUGUUUGUCGCGGCGGUCUAACAAAUAACUAGGAAGCUGCUGAACGUAAAUGAGUUUGUGUCCAUAUUAUAGGAGAGGCCUUGAUCUUCUGUGAACGUACAGUUUGAGAAAUCAGAGCCACAGUGUCAGCAAUGCAAUGAAAGAUCAAAAAUGGACCCUCACCCCCAACCCCUCAAACUAACUCUGAAUAGCUUUCUGAAGAGGAAGGUCUCAUUACCAGUAUGUCAAUAUUAUCGUUUUCUCCAUUUGUGUUCUUUUGCUUCUCCUAUAGAAUACUGGGUCUGAAAUGAAGAAUGCUUUUGCACUUACAUAAUUUCUCCAUUGAUGGAUGAACAAGCGUGUCAACAAGCAGUUUUAUCCUAUAGUAUUGACCACUAUGGGAAGACAUGUACUUACCAAAAUGGACACUUGGCAUUGCACCUUACACUACCAUUUGUGUUGCUGUCCAGUAGUUAAACGAUGCUGAUUUUCCCACAGGUUGUCUUUCUUUAUUUUACUAUAAAGCAGCUGCAAAGCAUUUUCUAUUCUAUUCAUUGCACUCCAUUCAUUUGAACCUGAUUAACAUCAAGGAGGGCAGUAACACUGGUGCGAACAGUAACCCAUUUAAAAAAAAAAAAAAAACCUGAACGUGCACCUGAGAUUGGUGAACACACAGUGUUCUCUGAGCAUUUGUCCUGUAGGGUAUCUGAAUAAUAAUUCAGAAUGCAAAUACAAAUGUUGGGUCUCCGGUUCAGUAGAAACACUAGCAGAUGAGCGCAUAGUUUGUAUGGAUGACAAAACUAUACUGUAUGUGCUGUGAAAUGAGAAGCAUUUAUGGUAUUUGUUGUUUUAUAGCAAUGAUGAAUACAAUUAAUGAUUAAAUUCAGCUUCUUUUCGGGGGAUGUUUUGGGAAGUAAAUUAUUUUCCCACCUUCAUUAAUAGAACAUGAAUCAAAGACAUAACGUAUUUUUAUGCUUUUAAUCUCAAUUUCAACCGUUUUGCAUAAUGUAUCUGUAUUUAUUCAAGAAACCAGCUUUAUUUGGUGAUUCUGGUAUCUGGGACCUAAGGAUGUUCUAUACACACCAUUUAUUUCUAAAUAUGUAAUUCAUGUAGAAUAAAAUAUUGAUUUAUAUGCAAAUUAA